UUCCCUGUACCGACAACCCGACAGCUCCAGGAGCUGCUUUCCCAGCACCAGUAACCCCAAUUUACCCAGGUACUGGGCAACCCGACGGUUCCCAAAGCCUUUCCCCCAUCGGAUCCAUAGGGACCCCAGCCAUGGAGGAGGCCCAGGGAUCCAGUGUCACUAAGUUGGGAAAUGCAGUUGAUGCUGAGACCUUCUAUAUCCCUCCUGAGGUGAGGGCAGACAGAGCUGGCUGCUGGUGGAUCCCACCGGGGCCAACAGGCACUGCUGUCGCCCUGAGCGAGGGGUGCUGAGGGAGAAUGGAGGCAGAGGAGGAGCGGGGCUGGGGGCCCCAAGCAGGAACACGGCCCAAAAUGCUCCCACGGAGCCAACUGCAACUGAGCACUGGCGAGGAGCAGGAGGGCAGAGAAACACGCCUGAGAGUGGUGCUGAGGGUCCGACCACUAACCUGCACAGAGAUGCGUCGGGGUGACCGGCACGCGGUGCACAGCCUGGGCAAUGGCACCGUCCAUGUGAAUGCAGCCAGGCACGAUGCCACCUUCACCUUCAGUGCCGUUUUUGAUGCGGGUGCCUCACAGGAGGCCGUCUUUGAGGGCAGCGGCAUGCAGCAGCUGGUGGAGCUGGCAGUGGAAGGCUUCUCCUGCACUGUUUUCGCCUACGGACAGACAGGCUCAGGGAAAACCUACACCCUGAUGGGCCCUCUGGGACAGAGUGAUGCCCCAGGGCUGCUGGGGCUGAUGCAGCGGUCCUUCUCCUGUCUCCUGGAGCAGAGCCGUGGCACCGGCCUGGCGCUCAGUGCCUCCUACCUGGAGAUCUACAACGAGCAGGUGAGCACCAACCCAGCCCCACUGCCAGCCCCACUGACAUCUCCUGACUCCUCUGCCACUCCCAAGGUCAGGGAUCUGCUGAGUGCAGGGCCGCCACGCUCCCUACCCCUGCGCUGGAGCAAAACUCGUGGUUUCUACGUAGAAAACCAGCUCAGCGUGGAGUUUGAGAGCCUGGAGGCUGUCAUCGAGCUGCUCCUGCAAGGUUCCCAAAGGCGACGGACCUCUGCGCACGCCCUCAAUGGGCACUCGAGCCGCAGCCACGCCAUCCUGACCAUCCACAUCCACAGCCGAGCACCUGGCACCAGCAAGCAGGGCACACUGUGCUUUGUGGAUCUGGCCGGCAGUGAGAGAGUGAAGGACACCGGCUCCAGCGGGGAGCUCUCCGUGGAGGCCAACAACAUCAACCGCAGCCUCCUGGCCCUGGGACACUGCAUCUCCCUGCUGGCCAAGCCCCGAGGAAAGCGGAUGCACAUCCCCUACCGGGACAGCAAGCUUACCCGGUUGCUGGCCCGCUCACUGGGCGGCUCAGGGGUCACACUGAUGGUCGCCUGCAUCUCCCCAUCCUCGCGCUGCCUCUCAGAGACGCUGAGCACGCUGCACUACGCCAGCAGAGCCCGCAGGGUCACCACCAGACCCAUGGCCAACAGGGUGCCUCGGGAGAAGCUGCUGCAAACCUUAGAGGAGGAGAUUCGGGCACUGCAGCUGGAGAACCUCUCCCUGCGGCAGCAGCUCAGCCUGCCCAGGAGCAGGGAGGUGCCAGGGCCUGGUUGGGUGGGCAGGUACAGCCUUGGGGAGCUGCACUGCCCCCCCCUUGAAGGGCAGCUCCCAACGGAGGGAGCUCCAGCCUGGCCCAGCCUCUAUGGCCUGCUGCGGGACUUUGUGGUGGAAAAUGAGCAGCUCAGGCAGCCCCAGCUGCUCCCAGGCCCCAGCAGUGGUGACAUGCCAACAAUCCCAUCCCACAGCCAGGCCCCACACCAGAGCAUCCACAUCCCACUCAGCCACCCCUCAUGGCCCCGGCACUCCAACAUGAGGCCCACCUCUGCACAUCAGCUGCCGAAGCUGCCUCCUGCCUCCAGCUGCCCCCAGUGCUGCACCAAUGCCACUGUGUCCCAGGUAGGAUCAGUCCCACUACAGAGGGAGGCAGGGUGCGGGGGCAAUCCAAUGGCUCUGCUUGGCUCCCACAUACUGCCUGUCCCCAACAAGGGAAGCGCCAGCCUCCCGCUGCCUGCCCAGGAUGAUGGCACCAUGCCCAGCUGUUGGCCGCAGAAGGGAAAGCGGAGCCAGGGCAGGAGCUGGAGCUCACUGCGGCAGCAUGCAGUGCCACGGGAUAACCAGGAGGCAGCGGGCACCGAGGGAAGGGUCGUCCCUUCAGCCCCACCGUGGCCAGGACCACCAGAGCCCAGAGCUGCCGGAGCCAUCCCUGUGCUGCAGUGGGAAGAGGCCUUGGAGUGGCUGGAGGAGCUAAUCUGAGCGCUGCACUCACACCGUGAUAGGGACACUUGGGGGACAACGGCGUGCUACAGCGACCGCACAACACACAGACCUCGCCCUGAUGGACAGACAGAUGGACACGGCGCUGGUGGUUUAUUUGGGUCUAGCUAGGUGCCGUGCUGCUGGUGGCCGUGGUGGGGCCUGUUCAGGUGCUCUCCUCAUCGGGCUGCGGGCAGUCCAGCCAGUACUGCGCGAUGGAGCGCGGGUAGCGGGGCUGCACCAGAUCCACGCGCUUGGUGCGCAGGUUGACACGGUAAUACUUGUCUGGGGGGGGGACAGAAGGAGCUGUCAGACCUCACUGCCAGCCCCGCGCUGUCCCAAAGCAUCCCCAGCGCCAAGGGGCAACUCUCCUCCAGACUCACCGCCUACAAAGAAGUAGACGCUCUGUAGGGUCUCACACUGCGAUCCUGACAGCCAGUCUCUUUCGGUGUCGGUAGAUUCGGAAUCGUUGUUCAGCCAGCCCCAGAAACCCAAAUUCAGAGUGCGAUGGUUCCUGUACCUCUUGCGGUGGCGACGGGAAUUCCUCCUGCGGGGCUGCCGGGAUGACACGUAGAUCCUGCCGGCCAUGGCAGCAUCCAGUCCGUUGGGAACCCCCCGCCAGUCCCUGCUGAUGAGCCGUGGGCUGCUCGCCCCAACUGACAGAAAGCAUGAGUUAGAGAGCAGCAACACGUGGGCACCGGCAUCUGGCCCACAGACAUCCUGCAGUGCCUGCCCCGAGGCACAGGGAUGCUCCAAAGGGUCCCUGGUGCGAUGGGAUCUGCAUUGGGAUCUUGCCCAAAUGUAAUGUCUCUAUGAGUGGAUGUGGUGGGGAUGGGUUGGUGUUUGCACCCAGUGAUCUUAGAGGUCUUUUCCAACCUUAAUGGUUGUAUGAGGGGGCACGGCGGGGAGGGGUUGACCAUCGGA